AUGCUGCAGCUGAACCAGAUGCCGCAUAAUGGCCGACACCGCUCCCUGGCCUUUGUUGAACUUGGUCUUGGGCAAGUGGACGGUGAAGCUUCUUUCCAGCCUGGUUGCAACUGCAUCUUGGCCAAUGCGGAAUAUUCGGAUAUUCCUGGCGUUGAGUGUCACUUGUUCCGCAUUUGCAAGUGCAUGUACAUUGGGCUUCAAAGGACAGGUUUUGUGACUUCCAAAAGAGCUCAUUAUGCAGGGAGCAGGAUGGUGCGUUGCUUGAAUUCAAGCUUUGUGAGUCUGUGUGUCUUGCCUUUGUGCUUGAAUCCAGCCUGCCCUGCCAUGCUUUCCAAAGCCGCACUUUGA